AUGCCACUUUACAAUAUCAUUGCAAGAAAAUUAAAACCUUCGGAGCACAUCGUUCAAAAAGUGGACGAUGGUAAAGCAAUGCGCUCCGUCCUCCCAUUUCUCUCAAGAAAAUUGGGGAUUCCUUCAAUGAAGAACUAUGUAGCAUUUUCUUGCGACGAAAACAGGAGACCGGUUGCCCGACUGGACAUGGACACCCCCUUGGAAGACCAGGGCAUGUCGCCCUUCUCAUAUAUUUAUGUUGCCCCAAUCGACGCCACACCAAAGAAUGCAAAUGGUGAAGAGCUUCCACUGGUGUCAGAACUAAAACAAACAAGCAAGGAAAUUGAAGAGGAAGACAUUCCACCUCCUCCGCCUCCUCUACCUGACGACAGUAACACUGGUAGGGACGUUGAGGAAGAGGAGGCCAGGAAACGAGUGGAAGAAGAGGCCAGGAGAAGGGCUGAAGAAGAGGCCAUGAAAAAGGCUGAAGAAGAGGCCAGGAGAAGGGCUGAAGAGGAAUCCAGGAAAAAGGCUGAAGAAGAGGCCAUGAAAAAGGCUGAAGAAGAGGCCAGGAAAAAGGCUGAAGAAGAGGCCAGG